AUGGCGGAGGAGCGGGGGGCCGAGCUGGGGGCCGCCCCGGAGCGCCGCAGGGAGCCCGUCUGGGGGGAGCCGCGGCGGAGGGAGGGGGCGCCCGGGAAGCGGCGUGUGCCGCCGGGGAGGCGGAGGGGGAGGCUGCACGCGCAGGCACCGAGGGCGAAGUUGGCGGCGGGGGGGGAACAGGCUUGGCGUGCACGGAGAGAGCCCGGCUCCACGGGGGAGGGGGACGGCAGCAGCAGCGCGGAGGGUCCGGAGUCCGGCGCGGAUGCGGUGGCGGCGCCCAGGGACCCCCGCCGCGGGCAGGGCACCGCACGCUGCGCGACGCGGAGCGGAGAAGCGGCGCGAUCCCGGCGAUCCCAGGAGAAGCUGCACGGAUCCACUCGCAAAGAAAAAUCUACCUUCAGGAAUGAAGACAAACUCUCAAGACCUUCAUCUUUUUCACCGAGCCAGAUGGAGCUUUUCAAGGGCAGAUGCAGGACACACAAAUUUCAAGCAUGACAGCAAAGAAGUCCCUUCUGCUCGUUUCAUUUUGUAGAAGAAGAAAAUAAUAAAACUUCUCAUAGAUCUCUGAACUGCACUCAAGUGAGAGCUGUUAGCUGUCACUAAUACAAAAAACUCGAGAGUGUGAAGAGGGUCAAGUGGAGGAUCAGCUCAUUACAGUGAUUUAAGAAUGGAGGGGACAAAUGCUAUUCUCAUCAUAAAUAUUUUCUUUCUUGUUCUGUACUGCAAAAGGAAAGACAUUCAUUGUGUGCUUCAAAGUCACAUUGCAAUCCCA